AUGUUCUGUGCUGCUGCUGCCAAAAACUAUGGAGGAGGCGGCGGAGGAAUAGUCUGGGGAGGAAGAUCCAUUGGAGGAAUAGCAGGAGCAGGUGGCGGACCUGGUGGAAUUGGAGGCGGAUGGAUAGGAGGUGGCCGACGAAGUGGUGGAGCAAUAAUAGGCGGAGGUGGUUGGCCGGGUAGUGGAGGCAACGGUGGCUGGCCGAGUGGAGGGGGUGGUAUAGGUGGUGGUCCAAGCGGAGGUGGUGUCGGUGGAUGGCCAAGUGGAGGUGGUGGUGGUGGAUGGCCAAGUGGUGGAGGUGGUGGUGGAUGGCCAAGCGGAGGCGGUGGAUCACUCGGACCUAGUGUAGGAGGAGGUGGAUGGCCAAGUGGCGGAGGUGGUAUUAUUGGAGGUGGAGGUGCCAUCGGUGGAGGUGCAAUCGGCGGGGGUGGAUGGCCAAGUGGUGGUGGCGGUGGUAUUAUUGGAGGUGGAGGCAUCAUCGGCGGAGGUGGCAUAAUUGGAGGAGGAGGUGGAAGAAAAGGUGGCGGUUACUAA